CCAUUCUGUUAGUUACCUCCUUGGGAUGAAUGCUGCUUUCGCGCAUCUCUUAAUUUCAAAUCUAAUUUAAAAAUUUAUAUGCUCAUCGGAGAAAUACGAACACGUGGGAUUUAAAAAAAAAAAUUCCAAUGCAAAAUUAGUGAUUAACAAUUAGGGACAAACGCGCACGUGAAAUCUGUGAGUGGCUUCAAGUGGAGAAUGUGAAUGAGGUGGAUAUCUUAUCCCUGUUCACACCUAACUGACCAUCAUCAAUUUGGACAAUCUGACCUCUUUCUCCAUAAAAAUGGACAACCACCAGACACUGACAGACUCAUUGCUUGGACCCCAGGAUAGAGAGCCAUCAAGCUGUCAGACUCCAGGCCCUGUUACAACUCAGCCUUCUGAGACAGCCUUUUCUACACACAAGUCUGACUCAUUCCCUUGCCUGCAACCCCUCUCAUUGCACCAGCAAACCCAGGGAGAGGAACAUGAGUCUGGAGAGGUCGUAGUAGUUGUCAAACAGAAGGCUGCAAAUGCAGGUCAUGGAGUCUACUCCUCUCCUCCAGAAGCAAAAACGUCAGUUCCCAGACUUUCCUCUCCGCCUCGGCGUCAUCAUUCCCUGCCCCAUACACACCCCCCUCACUUUGGACGCACGCGAAAGGGUAGCAGAUCCAGUUCCAUUGCUUACACAGCAUUCUCCCCACGACCAUCAAUCUCCCGCCACUCCAGCUUGGCCACCAACCCACCGCUGGAUCGCUCCAAACCCAAAGAUUACCUUAUCCUGGCUAUUAUCGCCUGCUUCUGCCCUGCUUGGCCAGUUAACAUUGUGGGAUUUGUCUACUCAGUCAUGUCCCGCAACAGCUUGGAACAGGGGAAUAUCGAUGGAGCCAUACGGCUUGGCCGGGUAGCUAAGCUACUUUCCAUUGUGUCAAUUGUGGGUGGGGUUGUCAUCAUAGUGGUAUGUGCUGUCAAUUUAUCAAUUAAUGUGAAAUCCUGAGGUGAAUUUAUGCUCUCGAAUUCAGCUUCACAUCAGACUACUGGCAGGAGACCAUGCAUCUAUCUGUUCCUGUGAUCACAGUUUUAGCUAGGUGGUUAAAAAGUAAGCUGACACAUUGUUCCUCUCUAGCACUCUCUAAUUAAUAAUAACACUAAUUCAAGGCUACAUUCAACCUCAAACCCCACCACAAGAAAUGGAGGAGAAAUGCAUGAAUGUUUGAAGUGAUGUUUGCAGCAGACUGUUUUAACCAAAAGCACUUAAUAGUCGUAUUGAAAAUGAUGAACCCCUAAUCCACACACAAUCCACAUUAUGAGAAUAUGGCCUGGUCAGGAUGCACGUUUCAGAUCAGCUGUGAGAAUCACACUGUGUCAUGCAAAAUGUUUGUCAGAAACUUUUCAAGUCCUGAGACAUUCCCUUGUCAUGUGAAGAGGAGGAGAAUACACAUUGCACUUUUAGAGUGUUAAAUGAUAUGGCCACAUUGCCAGAUAUUGAAACCAGAACUUAAUGUUUUAAUGUGAAAAAUGAACGAGGCAUUGCUGCAGUAUUAGCAGAAAGGUGGCAGCUCAUUAAUUGAUACGAAAUUUCUGUCAUUGAAAAACAUUUUUUAGUUUGUUUUACACAUAUUGAAAAAUAUACAUUGUAAAGUUGUUGUUUUUUAGCUUAUUUAAAUUAACUAUUUUUUAAAACUUAUUGAGCAUAUUUUUUUGUCACUGUGCUUAACAUAACGUUCACAAAUUGUAGUAACGACUGAACCACUUGCCUUUAUGUACUGGAUUUACUGGAUUUUAUCUUGUGUUUUUGCUUAUGUUUUACCAUAAAUUUUUCAUCUUUGUGAUCAUUUAAAACUGUAGGUUCAUAAAUAUGGCCCUCAAAAAAUGCAAUAAUGCAGUGACACAGAUUUCACUUUUCUUGAUUUCUUACAAAACGAAAUAUGUAGCCUGUUUGAUUGGGGGGAAAAAAAGUAUGCAAAUGUUUGAAGAAAAAUUUGGAUGGUUUCAUAGUACACAGUGUCUCCUACAGGUAAAGCACUCAUUGUUGUAUAUAGACUUUAUAUGCUGUGAUUCUUUUGUACUGAAAGGUAUUGUAGGAUUCACGUAUAAGCACUGUGUAACCUUUAAAAUCAAACUUUUCUCACUUGUGGACUAACAAUAAACCUCAUGUUUCACAUCAUAUAUCGCUAUAUAUUAGCUAGUAAUGAUUAACCCUUUCUAUACCUGCAGUGAGAAUGUUGGAUUCCUGACAGUUAAUAUUAGUGAUUUGGAUUUAUUUUUUAUAUAUAUUGUGGUAUUUUUAAUUAUAAUUUUGUGAGUAGUUGUCCACAAUGUAGUUACAAGAAACAGAUCAUUUUUACUAACAACAAUAUGAUUUGAGUAUUCAGAAAGUUGAUGAACUGGCUGUAUUUUUUUUCCACACUUUAAUUUGUUUAACUUACAGUUAUUGUCUGCUCUAAAAAGACAAUGUGGUAGAAUUGUUAUAUGUUUGUUUUUGAUUUUUGCAUUGUGUAAAACACGCAUAUUAUAAGCAUGGUAUUUAUAUUUGCAUGGUCUUUUUUAUAAGUUGUGUAUCCUUCACAGUGUGUAUCUAAAGGAAAAAGACAAUAAACUGCUGUACAAAUA